GUAGUAGGAGUGAUGUGGCUUCACGGAUUGUGAGAAAAAUCAUGAAAAAGUUCAAUUUUACUGGUUUUGUACAUAUUUACUGUCUAGUUUUAGUAUUAUCUAUAGCCGGUAAUAGUGCGAAAGAAUGUGGCGAUCGGGAAUGUAAGACUCCGAUUGCAACAGCGUACGCUACCCUGAAUUAUUUUGGAGGUAUUGGUCAGAAGGUAACUUUUACCAAGAAUGACAAGCUCGAAAUUCUGGGUAGAAAUGUUGGGAAAGAUAAAGAGCUACUCGUCAGAAAGGCAGACGGUAAGGUAGGACUGGCUAGUCGUAAUUUCCUGAAAGAGAUCAAGAUUCUAGUAAAAACAGAUGAUUUGAUUUCGAUACCGGAGGAUGAGCCAACUCAAAUCAAUCCAUCGCCAACUGUCCAACCAAAUGUGAUAGAGGGAACAACGAUUCACAAUUCUGAUCCCACAGUUGAUGAACCACAGGCUAGUGUGAAUCUAGAAAUAGUUCCUUCUGCCAAGGUCAGUGAGCCAACAAGUAGUCUUCCAUCGGAACCGGAAGCUUCGCCUAGUGUAGAAAAUAAUGAACCACAAGUGAGUGAAACAGAGGAAGACAUCGGCGAAGACGACGAAACUAAUGAGGAGUCGGAAGAAGAUGAAGAAGACGAUGAAGGUGCUGAUGAAAAUGAAUCUGAUAAAGUUUCGGAUGGUACCACAGAUAAGGAAACGCCUGAAACGGCCGACAAAGUCACGCAGAACAUUGAUUCUGAAAAUGAAACUAUCUCGAUGAAUACGGAGACAAAUUCAUCAGAACAAAUAGAGAAGCAAUCAGCUGAAAAAACUGAACAAGUGGUACAAAACUCAGCCACCGAAAACGAAACAACAUCAGAUGGUUCUCAGUCCAAGAUUCUUGAGGGCACGGUAUUUUCUUUGGACACUCAAUUGUUUGAAGAAAACCAAACUGAAACCACGUUAACGGAGAAACAAACAACCGAAAUACCACUUGUUAAAGACAAUAUUACUGGAGAAAUAGAAUUCACAACUCAAAGUGGUACGGUCGAAUCAAAUGUUGAAACAGAACAAAAAUCAAAUCUUCCAGGUAAUGUAGUUUUCGAAACAACAACAGAACUUAACAAUUUAGUUGUAACGGAGGAACUCCUGGCAGUAGAACAACCUAGUUUUAGCUCAACGGAAUCAGUUGUGAAUGAUCAAAACGUAAAGGAGAGUACCAAUGGUCAAUCUACCGAAGCUGAUAUCGUUCCAGAAAUAAGUACAACUACGAUAGUACUAGAUGACGCUCGCCAAGAGAUCCCUGUAACGGAGGAACCUGAAUUAUUACCCGAGAUACCGGUGACUGUCAGUAGUAAUCAGGAAAGCUUAGAACACAAUCUGACCCCGCAGGAGUCUGAUUUACCGAAACAACCUCAUCAGCUGUUGCGCGGCGGGCUAGGUAAUUUAUUGGCUAGUUCGCAUCAUCACCACCAUCAUCAUCAUGGAAAUGGUCAUAAUCAUCAUCAUCAUCAUCAUUUGCACGGUCACGACCAUGGCCAUCAUCAACACGAGAGAACUAGCAAUGAACAGACGGAUGUGCAUGACCAUACCAACGAUGGUCCUUUCCUAGGAGGCCUUGUAAAUGAACAUACACAUUCAGAGCUAGAAAAACAAUCGGCAAACUUGAACGAGCGCCACACAGGUGUUCCCGAAGACGGCUACUGUGACCAACAGUCCUGCCCACAACCAAAUCCCGCACAGCAACCAUCAAUUCAGCACGCAAACGGAUUCCAUCAUCCCAUGGCUGGUAAUAAACAACCGCCUGUCGAUCCGGUAGCCUCACAGCAGGAAUCGCCACCGCCGGAAAAGCAUACUGUCUCGUCAACGAUUUCCGACGAGUCGGAACAAGAUGAACUGGACUAUGCUCAAAUGAUUAUUCUGGAACUGUUCAAGCUGAGCGAUUUGAUUAUACUGCUGGGGAUCACCUCUUUCACGCUUAUUGUGUUUUCGUUGGGACAUUACUUAAUCAACAAAAACCGAAAAGAGAAACCGUUGAUUUACAAGUUAAACAUGAUUGAGAGAGAUUUGAUGGCUUCGCAUAAGGAGAAUGCAAUGCUUAAAAGUGAUCUGCUGGAAACUAGACACAAACUGACCAGUAUUGAAAAUAAUUCUUUCGGAUCAAAUGACAUGGUUAUUGCGCUUCGUGAAGAGCUGGAAGAAGCCGAGCAAACAAAACUGGAACUGCAGGAACAGAUAGCUUCACUGGAGAAGGAACUCGAGAAUGCAGCGGAAGCGGGUUUGGAAUUGAAUAAAAUGGUAGCGGAAUUGCUGAACCAAAGUGGAAGCGAUUCGAUUGCGCUCACUGUAGACGAGCUGCAGAAACAAUUGAACGAACAACAGCAAACAAUUAUGUCGAUGAAUACCACAUUAGCGGACAAAAGUCGGGAAAACAGUGAGCUACAGAUUGCGCUAGCCCGUCAAACGGACAAGUUCAACCUGGAGCUGGAAGAAUUGCAGCAGCCCUUAAACGAUUUGAAGCUUGAAAAGAACAACUUGGAAAUCGAACUUAACAGCUUGAAGAGUGGCCUACAGUCGCAGGUAGAAACAUUACAGAAGGAAAGCAGUGCGGAAAUUAAUAAGCUUACCAAGGAAGUCAAAUCAUUCCAAUCCAAGUGGGAAGAAAGUAAGAAAGCAUUGAAUGCUUCCGAAGCGAAACUCGCGGCAAUGCAGGACUGUUUAAAAGACGUAAAGCGGGGCGCCGGUCUAGACGGACUAAUAGAGCACGUGGAUUUGAAGGCAGAGAUCGCAGUGCUGCAGAAGGAAAAUUUUAACCUACAGGACCGAUUGCAGGGAGAAAUAGUAGCUAGACAGCUUUUAGAGGAUCACGUGAAAAUCGUAAACGAAGAAAUAUCCGCGCUGAAAAAGGAUUACAGUCAAGCGGAGAAAGACAAAGUGGAAUCCGAAACAAGACUGGAGGUACUUUCAACUUAUUUCAAGGACAAGGAGACUCAAUUGCAGAAAGAACUGAGCAUCAAAGAAGCUAAGUGGAUGCAACAGCAAGGCGAAACGACGAGUACCGUGGAGAGGAUUCGUACGAUGCAGGAAGAGAUACAACAGUUAAACUCAGUUCAAUCGCUCAUAGAGCAGUACGAAGCACGAUCCCAAAACGAGAAACUACGUGCCGAAAUCGAAGCACAAACCACUGCCCACAAAGCUCAGUACACGGCACUGGAGACUCGUUCCCAUGAUGCAUGGCUCGCAGCUCGACAGGCCGAACGACGUCUCGACGAAGCUCGCAACGAAUCCAGUGCAUUGAGGCGCAAGUUAACUGCCCUGGGAGAUGUUUCCGUUACAAACACGACUGAUGGUAUAAUCCCGAAUCCGGUUCCGCCGGCUGACCUGAACCUUGCCGCACCCUCACCCAUACGAGUGGAGUCCCCGAAUGCCCCCAUGAUGGGUCUGCCGCCACCUCCUUUUAUGCCGCCACCAUUCGGGCCCCCGUUCAUGCCACCAUUCAUGCCUCCACCGGGACCGGGUGAAAUGCGUCCCGCUCCUCUUGGGCGGCUUAUGUCUCCACCUCCGAAUCGGUACAGUCCGAACGUAAUAGACAAUCGGGAUCGAUUUAGUCCAGAUCGUGGUCGAUAUUCUCCGGACAGCCGAUACGAUUACUCUGUGAUGUCGAACUAUGAAACAGAAACUGAUUUCAGUCCACCACCGUCGCCUCCGCCGCAUUCCCGACGGUCGAAUUAUGACCGCGAACGCGAUCAUCGGUCCGAUCGGGAGCGCGACCGGGAUUAUGACCUGCGCGACCGGGAACGGGAUGGGCGAACCAGUGGCAGUGGAGGGGCCGGUGGGAAAUAUCCGAAGGCGUUUUCACCACCCGGCAUGAGAACCACCUCCCCUCCAAUCCAGGACCCUAGGAAUAAAAAAUAUCAAGGUGGUUUCAGUUCCGGCUCCCAAGACUCGGCUGCAACCCGGAAGAGUGGCAAACAGUACCAAAGCGCUAACAGGAAACCAUCGCCUUAAAAUGUAUUCUGUAUCAUACUAAACUGAGUAUUUGUUUGCUGUUUUAUAGGCUCGAUUGUGGAGGAAUAGUGUGUUUCUGUUUAAAUUAUACGGUAGUACAACGAUUGACGAUAGCUAUAUGUAAUUUUAUUUAGCAGGCAUUUAUGGAACUUUGUUGAAUUCAGAAAUUCAGAGAAAUUAGUUAUAGUAAAGUACAGGUUAGUUCGUGUGUAACCAUUUCAUGUGGCUAUCGUUUGAAUGAAACGAAUUGGCUCUCAACCCUAGAAAAUACUGAAAAUUCUAUGGAUACCCGCUUUUAAAUGAUUUUGCAAAAGAUAUGUUACUAUAUGAAGAGAUUUAUUUGUUGUACCUUUUAUACAGAAAACGAAACAAGUUGAAAUCCUAAUUGUAUCGAUUCCGUACCGCAAAAAGAAAGAAAAAUGGUUUGCUACACAUAAACAAAA